AUGCGCCCAAACCUCGUCCGCCUCGCCGUCACCAACCCCACGAAUCCCCUGGGCAAGACAAUCGCAGGGUCCUCUACGCCGUCGUCGCGUCUCCGGAAGUCUCCGCCCCUAUCUCUGGACCACUUCAUCCAGCGCCAACGUGUUCUCUCGCUCUACCGCGACAUCCUCCGCUCUCUGUACCGACACAUGUCUCAUCCCCAGAGGGGGGAGAGCAUCGCGUAUGCGAAAGGCGAAUUCACGCGGAAUAAAGACGUUCGAGAGAUCGAGAGGAUCAGGUAUCUGAUCAGUACGGGCAAGGCCGAGUGGGACGGCGUCAGGAGGGGGGUGGAGGAGAUGGGCCCGGCGCGAGGAUGA